AACGAAAAAAAAUAUAUAAAUGUCAAUUCGGCAGAUUCAUGCAUUACACUCAUUACACACAUUCAUAAACCCAUGCCCCAAACGUCCAUAAUCGUCCCACGGAUCCAUUUACCAUAGCUUAGAUUACAGAAUUGCAAGCCCGCUGACGCCGGCUCCCGUGAGUCGCGCUGUCAGCGGAGGGAAAUGCAUGACGUUAGAAAUACAAGAAAUAAGUCAGAUUCCGAACGCCGAGCGAGCAAGGCGAUUUUGAUAAAACCCUACUAUACAAGAACCAAAACAAUAACCAGCCAUGAACGCCACCGAGAACACCCCAGCUAAGGCGCACCAGAGAGCCGCUGCAUCAGCAGAGGCCCCCGAAGUCGUAGACCUCACGGAUUUCCCCGACGCCGAGGAACCGGAGUCCGCUGCCAAGGCGGACGAGGAAGCCGGCCCGCAGCCAGGAGUAGCCGAAGAACCCCACACCUCCGAUGGGGACAUAUACGCGGAUAUGGAGCUAGACGCCGACGAGGCAGGGCCAGCGGACCACGAGGGUCCCCGAAACAGCCCCCCGCUGUUCUCCCGCCGACCAUCCGGGUUCCGUCGAGAGAACCUAAGGUCGCCGCCGCCGUAUAAACGACGAGCCGCGCCCUGCUCCCCGGAGCCAGGGUCACCGUCAUUCGAAGAGGAGUUCGAAGAUGCCGGUUCUAGCCAGCACAGCUUCCCGGAACCAGAGACGCCAUCAUACGCGCCGAUGUUCGAACAGGAGUUUGAAGAUGCUGGUUAUCACCAGCGCCGCGAUCCCCGAACCGGCCGUGGCAUUUACCGCCCCGAGAGGGGGCUGGAGCGUUACACGCCGAAACCAUACAACGCGUACUACGACGACGGGGAGAGCGAAGAGGAGGAACCCUACGGUCGGCAAUUCAUAGAAGAAACAGAGACCUUUCACCACACGGUCACGCCAUGGGGGUUACGCGUCACGCGUAACCACCAGAUGUCCGUAGCAGUCUUUGUCCCUCCCGGCCGGAAUGUCAACGCGUUCUUCAGGACAUUCCGAGAAGCCGCGGAACCAAUCGACUACCGCUCCGAACCGGCCGCCCCAGCCAGGGCAAGCCCCCCGCACGCCGAAGCGCGACCGCCAACGCCCGCAUCGGAUCCUCCCCGACGCCCCAAUCCUCCAGAAGAGUCAGCGGCGACCACACCAACGCACGCCGAAGCGCCCCACGCGGAGGCAGCGCAAGGCCCUCCCACUGAACGGCCCACCUGGACUACAGAAGAGGGAAACGCCGCUCCGGUUCGACAAGCGGAGCUGACCGAACCGGAGGAGCAGUGGGAAACGGGGCCGGACAGCGGGUACCCCACCAUGACCAUACGGAGGGUAAAACAAACCGUUGCGGAGGAGACGGCGCCGACCCCCCAAACUGGGGAGUGGGAAGGACAAGACGAGUUGCUGGUGGACUGCGACUUGGAUGAAAUACUACGAUUUCUUCAAGACGAAUCUACGCGGGAGGGGCAAAGUCCAGCGGACUUCUCCCUGAUCGAAGAGCUGAACCAGCCCACCCAGUGGGUAAUCGCGCCGGCAGAUUGGCAGGUGAACAUCCCAGGCCGAGCCCUACCGGCGGGCCUCAUCGAGGAGAUACACCAGCGGCUGCUGGAAACGGAGAGGCUCCGUUUCCGAAGCUGGUCCUGGGAUCAGUGCUACCGGGUCCACAAGCGAUCCCGGGCCGCGCCUGUCUGCGUCGACCUCCUCCCGGAAGAAAGGGGGGGGUGUAACGAACCUUAGGAAGGUUCGUCACAGCGCGCUACAUCGCGGGAUCGUCACCGCCUCAUUUUUCCCCUUUUUAUAUCUCCAGUUUCCCUUAAAUAUAUCGUUACUUAGCCUUAAGAACAGAGAAUGCAUACGAUAAAUGUACCACCAAUAAAGAAACUCAUUUCCCAUAUCGUUUCGCCUACCGUUUCACGACAGCCAAUCCCACAUUCUCGUACCAACACAUUACCCCCACCUCUAACGAAAAGCUCCCGAAGCACUGACAAUUAGCCGGUAAGAACGCCCCCCACACCAACACAUUGCCCCGCGUUUAGCCAUAAGCUCCCGAGACACGAACCGUUAGCCGGUGACAACUCCGCACCGGGCCAACACAUUA